AUGGGGAAUAUUUCAGGUAUGAAAAGACCUGAUAUUGUUAGGAGUUUAAUACCGACACACGCAGAACCCAUUGAAGGUAAUGAAAUUCUUGAACAUAUUUCCGAAAAUCAUCUACUUAUUUUUAAUAUACCAUCUUCACCUGAAGACGAACAAUUUUUAAGUGCAGAAUUAAAAAUACUUACUCUUCUCGAUAUUAAUUCCAAUAACGAAAUAGGAGUGAAGAGAAUAUUGAAAAUAUCCAUUUACGACGAUACUUUUAAAAAUCUUCUAGACUUUAAAGAAAUUCAAAUUCACCAUUUCAAUAAUUCGUGGAUAUCUUUCGACGUAACUGCCCCAGUAAACGAUAUACUAAACAAAAAUUCCAAAUAUUUGAAAAUAGUUAUAGCCGUAUACACUUUUAUACCGCAAGUCAAUGAUAACUUGAAAUUAUCCCUAAUGCCGGUCGAUGAAGAUUUUGAACACGAUUAUCCUGUUUUGUUGUUAUCUUAUUCGUCUUCUAAAACCAAUGAUAAAUUCGUAAUAAACGAAAAAAAAGUGGUAAGUAGUUUCGUACGCUUUUCUUUUUUUUUGGAUAUUUCUAUAAUAAAUAUUUUCAAGAUACCAACGUCAUUCAGAAAAAAGCGUAGCAUCGAAGAUGAUUACGAGGAAGAAACAAAUAGACUAUGGGACGACGAUAAUUUGACUAAAAAAACGCAACAAAUAAAGAAAUUGAAAAGAUUACGAAACAGUUGUAAGAAAAAACCUUUAUACGUGGAUUUUAAGGAAAUUAAUUAUGACACGUGGAUCGUUCAACCAAGCGGCUACGAGGCGUAUCAAUGUCAAGGUCGUUGUUUCUAUCCAGUUGCAGAACAUCUCAAUCCUACUAAGCACGCUAUAGUACAAGCACUUCUGCAUAGCGUAGCGCCUUCAAAGGUCACCAGAUCCUGUUGCGUCCCAACAGUUUUGGAUUCUAUUUCUAUUUUAUACGUAGAUACUAAUGGGGUUCUUACUUACCGAUAUGCUUAUAAAGAUAUGGUGGUAGCAGAAUGUGGUUGUCGAUAACUAUAAAUAUUUUGUUAUUUAUAACACCUGGAUGUAUUUAUAUAAAUAAAUUAACAGAAAUUUGGGGUUUAUUUAUAA